AGAGCAUUCGACGGAAUCCGGAAGCGAGCGGCGAACGCCGACCAGCACGGCACCGCCGCCGGCUGCACGGUCUUCCACGAUGGAGGCGUCGGGAUCGGGAGGCGAGCAUGGGCGGCCGUGGACGGCGUCCGCCACGUGGGCCCCGGCUGGCGGCGCGGCCGUGGAGGACGCCGUCUCGUUCGAGACGUCGGCCGACGACGCGGAGGGCGUCCCCUCCGCCGUAGUACUCAAGGGCCCGGCCCCCGGUGGAGACGGAGACGCUCCUCCUCCCUGCGAGGUCACUGUUCAUUUCAGGGGAAAGUAUGAGAUACACAGGGUGUAUGUGCGAAGCACAGCUCGGAUUUAUGAAAUAUACUAUACAACUGACCCCAAGGAUAGUUGUAAGGAUUAUCUAUGCACUGUCCGUUGUGGACUUGCAGUUAAAGAGCCACUGCCCUCUGCUGAAGAAAGUAUGACCCAGUGGAGUAGUGAUGUGUCAACCAGUGAAAAGCAUGAACACGAAAGCAAAAGUGUAAGCAGUAGUAUUGAUGAAGAUAGCUGGGUUGAAGUCAAAAUCCCAGAGUUACAUGUGGAAAAGAACAGAUCUAAAUCUCAAGAACCUAAUGCGAUUGGAGCCACACAGGAAACCACUCUGGCACACUAUGAAGCAACCGCCGAGAUAACUGAUGCAAGCCCAUGUGUAUCUCUAACUGUCCGCCUGCUUUCACUUCAGUCAAAAACAUCAGUACACAUUGAGGAGAUCUACAUAUUUGCUGAUCCUAUUGAGGCUGUCAAUGAUGAACCAGAAACACGCACUGGAAACUUGGGAGGUAGUUCUUUGUUGGCUAUGCUUGUCCCUAGCCUCAUGCAAAUGUCCAAAUCAAGGAACCAGAAUAGGGAUGACAAAUAUUUUUCUGAUGCCUCAAGGACUCAACUUUCCCAAGAUUGUGCAAUGGAAGUGAAUGAAAACGUAGUGAGACAAGCAGCACCAUGUGGCACAAAUCUAAAUUUCAAGUCAGCAGGGAUGGAAAGCAAACAAACAGCUACAGAUAGUGGUACGAUAACUAAUGGAAAAGGCAACCAUUAUGAGUCCCAGUUACAGGAUUCCAGGUCACCAUUGCCUGUGCAAACAACAGAAAACACACAAGUUCCAUUGGUGAGGAACCAGAGUGUGUCAAAUAUAGAUCAACCUGUUACUCCUCUCACGGAUGAAAAUCCAAAUCCUUACAGUCGCAUCGAGGGAAAGCUGGACACUCUGCUCUCUAAGCUGGAAAAGAUGGAAUCAUACUGCUCCAAGUUUGAUGAUGGUGUGAUGAGGCCUCUCAGUAGUAUCGAGUCAAGGCUUCAGCGAUUGGAACAUCAGUUUGAUGCAUUCUCUGUGGAUAUUCAGUCUUUACGGGCUUCUUCUGCAAGAAUUUCAUCCCCAGAUGGUUUAUCUGAUACAACUAACCCACGGGAUAAAACAGAUAAUGAUGGUAAGGCUGAAAAUUCUGCAUCUGCAACGAACAGGCAGCCAGGUCUGGUUGUCAGAGCACCAGAAUUUUCUUUAGAAGAAUCGUUUAGUUAUGAUAAGUCCAAUGAAAAUCCAGUUACCUUACGCGGAGGACCGAGCAUGGUGCCAAGACUUCUUGUUAAGGCUCCUGAUUUUGUUUGUGAAUCCGAGUUAGCUUGUGAAAAGCUUCAUGAUAGGUCUUCCUCACCAGUUGAUUUUGCGCUCUCUUCUGAGAAAGAACCAAAGACUUCCCCAGGUUUAAUUGUCAAGGUUCCAGAAUUCCCAAAUGAUGAAGACGACGAAGAGGAGGAAGAGAAAGAUGCAGAAGUUGGUGAUCAUGAUUAUGGUCAUACAAAAUCUGAUGAUGCUCCAAGAGAAAGUGAUAACUCCAAAAGCAAAACUCCUGUAUCUGUCGAUGGUGCUCUAGCAUCAGUCUUGGAGGCACUUCUUAGUUCAACCAAAAAAACAUCUUCACAAUCUGUUGCUUGCCCUGCCAGUAGUUCAACUGCUGAAAAUACUAAUGAUUCCUCUACCUGCUCCUUUUCUGGUACAUGCAGUGAUGCAAAUAAGGUCAAUUCCAUCAUCGCUUGUCAGGAGGCAGAUGCAGUUCCACAAAUUUAUCUUUCUGAGGCGAACUUGGAUGAGAGGGAUGAGGUAAACGAUCUGAAUAAUGAUCUCAAUUCGAACAUGACUACAUUUGUUGCAAGCACAGGACCCUUGUGUGUUCCACAGCAUCACACAGUUGAGGAAUCUAACGAUUUUGGGAGCCAAGCAAAUCAAAAGAAUGAUGGCUCUAAUUCAGACAUGACGCCAUCUGUUGCAAACACUGAGCACACCAUUGCUCCUUCGCAGCCUCCUGCUGUUUUGGGAUCUUUUAAUGAUGGAUCACAGUUCAAUGAUGACAGAUCUACUUUGUCCUUGGCAGACUUUCUUGUGGCAAGGAACUUUAACUCCAGUAAGAAUGUGAUUUCUGAGGCAUUCUCUAGCAAUGGUGGUUCUGAAAUGCAUACCUUUAAGAGAACACCGGUGGAAUCUGUUAGCAGUCAACUUCGGCUGGUGCAGAAGGCUCUUGAGGUUAAUGAGGAUGACAGUGAUAAAUUCUCUGUUUCUGGUGGGAUGGAUUCUUGUUGUCCUAGAGAGUCCAAUGACAGCUUUACAAUGAAAAGAUGGACUGAGAGCAGCAGCUUGGAGGCAAGCUUUAAUGUUAGCUUUACAAAAUCAGAGGUAGAGCACUUGUCUGAUUUGAGUAGCUCUGAGUUGUUUAGUGAACAGCCUGCUGGAGAAGCUGUCAGUUCAGGUAGUGUCACAACUGGAAGAAAUUUUGUGGAUGAUCUUUUUACAGGUAAUUCUUCUGUAAACCAAGCUGCAAGAGAAGAGCUGCAAAAGGUCUAUGACUUGCUUUACGAGUACAAGGGUGACGUUUUAGGCAUGGCCUUCGUAGCAAAGGGAACAAGUAAGAUCAGCCCUUCUCUUGAAGUCUUGCUUGCUGAAUUAUCUGAUUUAGAAGCGGAAAUUGAUGCGGUGCACACUGACAACACUGUUGGCUUUGGUUCAGCUCGGUUGUGCAGUACAUUCUCGUCUUCAGAUGAUGAGGCUCCUCCAACUGAUGAACCUAUAAUUGAUGUGGUUGAUCUGCCAAUACCAUCGGAUGCAUAUGCUUCUUCCAAGAACUUUGAUGAUGAGCCUCUGCUUGAUAUGGAUGAUCUGCCGUAUGCUUCGGUCCUAAGCGACACGCAUCAGGCAGGUAUAGAUGAUCAGUCAAAACCUUCAGGGACAUUAGCUGAAGAGGGCAGUGGAGACUAUCCUGACAGCCUUAUAUAGGUUCAAUUCACAUUUCCCACUUGUUAGAAAUAAGUAAAACAUACUCAAACGCCUCAGCUGCACUACUUUUUUUAGUUGGUUUUUCCUGUACAGGUAUCAACGUUUGCUUACAUGCCCAUGCGGUUUUCUGUACAUAUAAAACAUACUGUGAGUAAACAAUGUACCUUUU